AUGGAUUUGUCACUAGCGAAAUUGUUGAAUGAGCUGCAAGCAGCAGAAUCUAUUAUCAAACAACAAGCUCCAGUUCUGGCACUCAAUGUUGAGAAAGCUUCGCUUUCUAAGUCGAAAGGCAAUAAGAAAAAGAAUAAGGCUCAAAAGGUUCUGGCACCUGGUGGUGCGGCUGGUAUGAAAAAGCCCAAAGGCAAGUGCUAUCAUUGCAAGCAACCUGGGCAUCACAAGAAGCAAUGCCCUGCCUAUCUGGCAAAGUUGAAUAAUCAAGAUUCGGGAGCCACUAAUCANCACAAGUCAACGUCCAGUUAA